UUUUCGGGUUGAUCCGACUUCUUUUGGCUGCCGUGAGUUCACUGUAUUGUAAAGCGAACAGUGAAUCCGAGGAGGAGAAGGGGGGGCUGAUUUGCCAGAAAAAGACUCCCAAUUUGGCUCACAUCCGGAGUCUCGAAGAUCAUAAUUUAUCGCAUCUUUUACGUUUUAAGACAUCGAGUUUUAUUGUUUUUAUUAAUUUAUUCUAUUCCUCGUAGUUUAUGGUUUACGUUAACACUCCGGGAGGGCAGAAAUGGCGGCCAACAUGUACCGGGUCGGAGAUUAUGUGUUUUUCGAGAACUCCUCCAGUAACCCUUACCUGAUCCGCCGAAUAGAAGAACUCAACAAGACAGCCAGCGGGAACGUGGAGGCAAAGGUGGUGUGUUUCUACAGAAGGCGAGAUAUUUCCCACAGCCUCAUCCAGCUCGCAGACAAACAUGCAAAGGAGUUGGAAGAGGAGAAGGAGAAUCCGACAGAGACAGAGCUCACAGACAAACAGAAACACCAGCUUCGCCACAGAGAGCUCUUUCUCUCCCGGCAGUACGAGAGUCUGCCUGCAACACACAUCAGGGGGAAGUGCAGUGUUGCAUUGUUGAAUGAGACUGAAGCCGUUCUUUCAUACCUUGACAAAGAGGAUACAUUCUUCUACUCACUGGUGUACGACCCAACACAGAAAACUCUCUUGGCUGACAAAGGAGAGAUCAGAGUGGGACCUCGCUUUCAGGCAGACGUACCUGAGAUGCUACAAGAAGGUGAGGCAGACGACAGGGACCAGUCCAAGCUAGAAGAGAAGCUGUGGGAUCCAGAGUGUCCACUCACCAAUAAACAGAUAGACCAAUUCCUAGUGGUGGCACGGGCGGUGGGGACCUUUGCUCGAGCGUUGGACUGCAGCAGUUCAGUCAGACAGCCGAGUUUACACAUGAGUGCAGCUGCAGCCUCACGAGAUAUCACACUGUUCCAUGCGAUGGACACACUGCAUCGUCAUAACUACGACCUGUCCAGCGCGCUCAGUGUGUUGGUCCCGGCAGGUGGCCCGGUGCUCUGCAGGGACGAGAUGGAGGAGUGGAGCGCCUCAGAGGCCGCUAUGUUUGAAGAGGCACUAGAGAAAUACGGAAAAGACUUCAAUGACAUCCGACAAGACUUUCUGCCAUGGAAGUCUCUGACAAGCAUCAUAGAGUACUACUACAUGUGGAAGACCACAGACAGAUACGUGCAACAGAAGAGACUGAAGGCAGCAGAGGCAGAGAGCAAAUUGAAGCAAGUUUACAUCCCCACAUAUAACAAGCCCAACCCCAACCAGAUCUCUAUGACCAAUGGCAAGAUGGCUACAGUGAAUGGAGCAGGCCCCGGGGCCUACCAUGCAGCAGGCGGGGGCCGAGCUUGCGAGAGCUGCUACACCAUGCAGUCGGCCCAGUGGUACUCAUGGGGGCCUCCAAACAUGCAGUGCCGCCUGUGUGUCUCCUGCUGGAUGUACUGGAAGAAGUACGGAGGCCUGAAGAUGCCAAGCAGAGCAGAGGGUCCAGAGGAGAGGACUUCCCCGAGCCCAGCAAGCAAUGAGCCUCGCUCGCGAAGUCACGGUCCUCGCCAGUCCAACCACAUGGUUCCAAUGAGAAACAGCGGCAGCCCCAAGUCCUCCAUGAAGACCAAGCAGGCCUUCCUGCUGCAGGCCACCCGCCUCACCAAGCUGGCCCGGCACAUGUGCCGUGACAUCAUCAGGCUGCGCCGUGCCGCACGCCGGCCCUUUGUGCCCAUUAACUGUGGGGCCAUAAAGGCAGAGUGUAAGAGCUCUUUCAAUUCCUCCUAACUGCUGCCACAUGGACACACACACACGCAGACAAAAUACAACACACACACUCAUCACCCCUCCUCACACUGACUGCCCCACCAUCAACCCCCAUCUGCCCAUGUCUGCCCCGCCCCCUCCUCCGUUUGUCUCUCUUUCUGUUUUUAUUAUUAUUGUUAUUAUUAUUUUGGUUUUUUGUAUUCUCCCACCCCCUGUUUCCAAUAAAGACUGCCUGUCCUCAUAA